GAAUGUCAAAUGAAGCUAAUUAUGAAACGCUGCAAGCUCUGUAUGAAAUGAGGCGUAAUGAAGUAAAUAGAUUAGAAAAAGAAUUAUCUGAAUUUAAAAUGCAAGCAGAAGCAGAAAUUGAUAAUCUYCGUAAAAAUUUGUUAAUCAAAGAAUCUGAAGGUCAAAGGACAGUCAUGGAGUAUCAGCGUCAAUGUGAGAAUCUUAAAGAAAAUAUUGAACAUUUGGAAAAUCAAAAUUUAACAUUAAAACUUGAUUUAGAAACAAAAGAUACAAUAAAUUCCAAGCAAGCUAAAGAGCUGGAAACAAUUCGAAUUAAUAUGAAAGCUCUGGAAGAACAACUUACUAACCUCUCACGUAAUAAUGGUUCAAGGCAAUAUGAUACAAACGUGGACUGUAUUGUAAAUGAUUUGAAAAAAAAACAUAACCAAGAAGUAGUUAAUUUACAGAAUCAAUACAAAAGUGUUAUAGAACAAAUACGUUUUAAAGAUCGUCAUUGUACUUUGUUAACAAACGAGCUAAAGAAACUGCAACAAGAACACCAUCGUAUUAUAUCAGAAAAUAAUGAUUUGAUUUCUAAUCUAAAAAAAGAGUUGAAUGCAGCACAACAAAAUAAACUACCGAUUUCCAAUAACUAUGAUCACAUUUUAAAUUUAAACAGUCAACUUAUUGAAUGUUCCAAACAAAAUCAACAACUAAAUAAUACAUUACAAAAGCUAACAGUUGAAAAUGAGAAACUUCAUACUAAUUUGAAUGAUUCACGGGUUUGCAAUGACUUGCAUAAUAUUAAUGAUGGAAGUAAAUUAGAAGAAGAUUAUCAGAAAAGUUUAGAUUUAUUACAAAAACAAAGAGAUGAAGUAAAAAAUUUAACAGAAGUGUUAAAUGUUAAAAAUAGAAGUAUUGCUGAAUUGGAAAAGAAAGAAAUAACAUAUCAACAUUGUAUACGUAAAAUACAGUUAGAAUUAGAGAAAUAUUCUCGUGAUAAAAGUCAAAUUGGUGAACAUUCUAAUAAUUGUGAAACACUUCGAAAUGCUUUAGAAUUGCAACUUGAAGAUACUAUGUGUAAGCUAAUUCGAACAGAAGAAAUGGCUACACUUUCAAAACAAACAAUUGAAAAUGAUAAUCCAAUAAACAAUAAUUCAAUUGAAGAAUAUAUGCAUUACCAUCAAUCAUCAUUGGAAAAUAUUUCAAAACAAAAGGACGAGGAAAUAGAAAAACUUAAAAAUCGAAUGGAAGAAUAUGUAAAGGAAAUUGAUGAACUAAAACAGCUUUAUGUUAAAGUAUGUUCAGAGAAAGAAAAUUGUUUAAAUGAAAAAGACAAAUUAGAAAAACGUUUUGAUGAAUUAUCUUCUCAAUUUGAAACACUAAAUAAACAAUAUGAUACCAUAGUGAAAGAAAAAGAAGAAUUGGCUAUCAAAUUAAUUGGUAUGAAKAAAGAAAUGAAUGUUGAUCAAGAUUCUUUUCAAAAACAAUCAUUAAUAAAAGAAAUUGAAGAUUUAAAAAAUGAAUUAUUGAUGCAUAAACGUCAAAAAGAGAUGAUUGCUAAAUUAAAAAUUGAUUUAAUCCAAUCUAAAGAAAGAGUAUUGUCCUUGGAACAACGAUUACAAUCAGAGUGUGAUUCUAAAGUGGCUACUUAUAUUGAACAGUUAGAAAAUUUAAAAAAACAGUAUGAGGAAAAGGUUGAUGAAUUAAAACAAGCAAAAGAUAUCAUUUGUAAGUUGACCAAUUCUGAUCUACAAAUGUCUUCUGAUGUAAACAGUGAUGAAAAAACUUUAAAGUCAAAAUUAUUAGAUUAUGAAAAUUCACUGUCUAAUAUAGAAAGGAAACAUAAACUAGCGAUGAAUGAAAUGACAUUUAAAUACAAAAAUGAAUUAGAUGAGUUAGAGAUGAUUUACAAUAAAAAAUUCA